AUGAGUUCGGAUCCAAACAAACCCUUUAUAUGCAAGAACGUCAUGCCAGGCUUCUACUGUGGAUAUCCAGAAAUGGAUGUUCUCGGCAUAAUUUUCUGGCUCACUGGUUUAGUUUCAAUUUUAUUACUUUUCUUUCACAUUCGUUCAUCAAAAAGCAAAUGCAAAUUCUUCGAUCAAACCUUCUUGUUUUGGAUAUUCAUGAUCAUUUGGCAAUUCUAUCGUGGAACCGUUCAAAUGUUCAAAAUUAACUGGACUCCCAUGUCCUUCAUAAUUGGCUACACAUCGGCAAAUCACAUUCUCCUUUUCAUUCCUAUGUGCCUUGUCAUAUUGAUCUUGUUUGAUCUCUUGUUUACUUACAGAAAUCCAGGAAUGAAUGCUAUUAUCUUUUUCAGAUCCCUUUUCAUUUUAUUCCUGAUUACAUUUGUCGGACUUGGCCUUACCCUUUGCAUUUUCGACACAGGAAAGCAUGAUGAUCCAGAUCUUUCUCUCUCCCUCUGGUGCGCUUGCACAGACCUUGUUUUGGUCAUCUUCUUCAUACUCCCAGCUCGUUCCCUUCUUGCCGCUGUUACUUAUCCAAUGGUUCAGCCAGAUGAUGCCGGAUGUGUUAACUUCUGCAGAGUUGGCCUUGUUUUAUAUACAAUCAUUUACUCCCUUCGUUUGGUAUACAAUGCAACCCAUUUCUUCGAUAUUAACCCUCUCCAGCAAUGGAUUACAACAAAAUCAAAAGAUGAUAAUAGUGAUACAUUGCCACCACCUGUAAGAGCUUUCUCAUGGUUCUUCAUGUUCUUCUUUGAUUACAUUCCGUCCGUUUUCGCAAUUAUUUCCGUUUAUUUGUUCAAGAAGCAUGAUAUAAUGUUCAACGAAAACCCUUACUACACAAGGCAAAGCGACUAA